CUCUACUGAUAAAGUAUUAACAUUAAUUCAUAUGUUCUUGAUUUUAUUUCUCACCUUCAUACAUCAAAUAUACUAUUAGAACCAUAAUAGUUUCUCAAAAUGAGGAAACAAAGCUACUACUAUUCAGUUCUGUUCAUGUUUGGAUCACUUCUCUAUUUGCCUCUAUUGAUGAAUGCAACUUCCAUAAGUCCUCAGGAAGCAGAAAAUCAUGAUGUGGAGUUUCAUUAUAGGGAAGGGCAUGAGAAAGGUCCAAGUAAAUGGGGAGAGCUAAAGAGAGAAUGGGAAGCUUGUAAAAAUGGGAAGAUGCAGUCUCCUAUUGAUAUUUCAAGUUAUAAAGUGAAAAUCAUCAAGAAGAUUGAUCACAAGAAAGUUUACAAGACCUCUAAUUCUACUAUAAGGAAUAGAGGCCAUGACAUUUCAUUGAAGUGGCAAGGGGAUGCUGGAUCCAUUUGGAUGAAUGGUACAGAGUAUCCUCUUCAACAAGUUCACUGGCAUUCUCCUUCUGAACAUACUAUCAAUGGCAGAAGGUACCCCUUGGAAAUGCAUAUGGUUCACCAAAGCAAUGAGGAGAAGGUGAAAACUAAGAUAGGUGUCAAUGCUGUCCUUUACAAAUUUGGCAAACCAGAUCCAUUUCUUUUCAAAUUGAGGAGGCACAUAUCAUCUAUGUUUCAUCAAGAAGGUAAAGAGAGGAACUUGGGCAAGAUUGAUCCAAAUUACAUAAUUAGUAGUCCAAGCAAAAGAUUCUAUAGGUACAUGGGUUCACUCACUACCCCUCCUUGCACCGAAGGUGUCACUUGGAUAGUCAACAAGAAGGUACAAACUGUUUCAAGAGGUCAAGUGAUGUUGCUCCGAGAAGCUGUCCAUGAUUUUGCUGAGAAGAAUGCAAGGCCAGUGCAACCACAUAACGAAAGAGAGAUCCAUCUUUUACUGCCGAAGAGUUAGAAUCUGUCAUAUUUCAACGUGUGACAAAAGUCUACUCUUUUAGAACUAUUUUUUUAAUUUAUAGAAAUAAAGAAAGGAUGUAGAAAACAAGAUUUUAUUUGACGUCUGUACUGAAAUUUCAUCAGACGAUUGAUGGAAAAAUAUUAUGAUAUUAAAGAUCACAAUCCAUGCUAGUACGCAAUUGUCCGGAACGCAUUGACCCAACUAAUCAGGAUUCGUGCCGCGUAAUGUCCAUAAGAAAGAAGCACUUCUACCAAGGAUUUCUGCAUUCUCAGCGCUCGAACAUGAGACUUUCUUGUUGAGGAUGAACAAAUCCCAACAUCUUUCUUGUUUGUUGAGAGUGGAGAAAUUGUGGUAGAAAAUGCUUCCCCUUUUAUGGGCCCUACUUAGCAUGAAUCCAGAUUAGUUGGACCAGUGAAUUUCAAAUACUUUAUUCAAAGAUAAAUAUGGCAAAAACUGUAAAAAUUGUGUGGGGUAACCACUUUUUAAAGUGGUAUUUACUUUUUAUCCAGUAUUUUUA